AUGGAGCUUGAACCAGAGUGGUUGCACCUAGUGGCCGAACUUCACCGGAAACCAGUGGUUCCACUCGGACUGUUGCCGCCGUCGGUUGAUGAUCAGGCUGAGAAAGAUGACUCGUGGGUUGAAAUAAGUAAGUGGCUGAACCAGCAUGAGAAAGACUCAGUUGUUUACGUAGCACUCGGAAGCGAAGCGGCACUGAGUCAACGAGAACUCACUGAACUGGCGCUUGGGCUGGAGCUAUCUGGGUUGCCAUUCUUCUGGGCAUUAAAGAUAAGUUCAAGACGAGCCGAUUUCGUAAAAUCUGCACACCCAUUGUUAGAGCUGCCAGAAGGGUACGAGGAUCGAAUCAAGGGACGAGGGAUUGUCUGGGCGAGUUGGGCACCCCAACUCAGGAUACUGAGUCACGACUCAGUUGGGGGAUUCUUGACUCAUUGUGGGUGGAGUUCGAUCAUAGAGGGAGCCAUGUUUGGACGUGCAUUGGCAAUGUUGCCUUUCAUGGUGGAUCAAGGAUUAAAUGCGAGAGUGAUGGAAGAGAGAAAAGUCGGCGUUUUGAUUCCAAGGAAUGAUGAGCAAGACGGGUUGUUUACGAGGGAUGGCGUAGCAGGGUCGCUGAGGCUGGUUAUGGCGGAUCAGGACAAGGAGGGAAGUAAGACUGGUUACAAGGAAAACGCGAGGAAGAUGGCGAAAUUAUUUGGGGAUAGAGAGCUGCAUGAAAAAUACAUGGAUGGUUUUCUCAAGGAACUUCUUGUUUAA